AUGCUGCAAGCCGCAAGCCACCCGAAGCCACUCUUUCCGCAAACUCUGCACAACCUCCAGCCUCUACCAUGUCCUCGCAUUCCUCGUCCCUCUUCCGUUCUUUCCAGGAGAAUCUGUUUCUACAUUCAUGAGUGGCUUCUGAAGCCACUCUCGACUGCGUACUGUCGUUUCCGUGGCAUCAGGACGCAUCCUAGCAUAUACCCUCUCCCCUUCGGUCUCCUCCUCAAGAACGGGCCCCGCGUACGGGAGCAAGAGGGCAUUGCGAUGAACCUCGCGCGCGCUAUGGGUGUCCCUGCACCCAGGUUCAUCUCCUUCGCUGAACCGCCCUCCGGCCACGUCUUCAGUGGCAGUAUGUUAUCUCCCAUGCCAUCUCUCCUCAUGACGAGGCUCCCAGGGAUCGAGCUGGAUGCGUUCAGCAACGAGGACAUCGACUUUGACCUCGUGAAGGAUGACCUCGUGCGCAUUCUCACUUUGAUGCGCUCCUUCUCCAGUCCUUGGGGCGCUUCCAUUUGUGGCGUCGAUGGCGGACCUGUGGCGGGGCCUCUUAUUCCUCUAUCCCAGCUUCCGGCAUCCACAGACGAGGCGGCCUUCUACCAGCAGAUUCGGUACAUAGGAAAUUUUGCCGCGAAAGAUAAGAAGGACGUUGCCCCUGCUGAACAGCUCUUCGCGCAUCCUACACAUGCCGUCGUCUUCACGCACGGCGAUUUGAACCCGCACAAUAUCAUGGUCGGCCCGGACGGGCAUGUCUGUGGCAUCUUUGAUUGGGAGUCGGCCGGCUGGCUUCCUGACUACUGGGAGGUCAGCGUGACGGCCAUCCUACCGCGUGUUUGGGGGCAGUUCAUGAAUGAGAGGGUCACUUCGGGUGUCUACACUGAGGAAGUCCAGGGACAUCGUUCGAUGUUCCCUCAUAUCUCGGAUUCCUUGUCCUAUUGACUAUUAAUCACCUUUCU